GACUGGAUGGGCUGUGGGGCGUCCGAAUUGAGAACGAUGAUUGGUUGUGAUUUUUUUUUUUUUAAGGGAAGGGGGGGAAAAGCAAGAUGGCGACAGGCGAGAAGCAUCUCAGUCCCUGAUUGGGGCACCUCCCCACCACCUCCAGAGCGGCAGGCCGAGGUGGGGAGAUACUUUGAGUGAUCCAUUCUGCUCUCUCUGUUCUCCAGCAUCCUGUUCUUCCUGAAGAGGGAGAGCCCCAGAGAUCAGGAAAUAAAUGGCUUCUAUCCAUGCUGCUGGAACCCAGGCACCUCUGAUGUUCGAAGAUUUAGCUGUCUAUUUCUCCAGAGAGGAAUGUGUGAGUCUGGAUUCUUCUCAGAACCCUCUUUGCUGGGAACCUGUGCCAAAGAAUUGCAAGGAUCUAAUCUCAUUUGCAGGAGACAACAGUGAAAAGGAAGAGGAAAAUUUUCAACAAGAAAAUCCAGAAAAUGGAGAUCUAGAAGCAGUGCCUGCAGAAUGGUACAAAAGAGACAUUCCCCUGCAUCCUAAAUUGGGAAGGGACAGUGAGAAUGAACCAGGAUUCCCUGAUCAGAAAAGGGUGCUUUAGUCAGCCAGUGGUUCUCAGAUUAUUCACUUUGGGACCCUUCUUUCGCAGAACAAAAGGACUAGCAUCCAGCAGAAUGCCUUGUACAUAGAACAACUGUUUUUAAUUGAAUAUCAACUCCACCUACUCCUGCCAUGGCAAAAGAAACAAAACCAUUUUGAUCCCAAUCACGGUAAUUUAGUAAAUGAUAAAUCUGUUUUCAAAACA